UCGCCGCCGAGCGGAUUCACGUUGCCUCUCGCUCCCUCGUUCCUUCGGCGAAAGAUCCUUUUCCUUUUCAACUGCUUUAAUGCAGCAGUUGCUGCGUGUACGCUCAAUGCUUUCAAUUUCAUUUAUUAACAUUCCGCGAUUAAAAUAUGGACCCGACUUUGUCACUAGACAGCGGACAAUUGCACAUUUUACCCGGCGGGUUCGAGAAGAAAACGCAGUAAUUCCCGGCGUGCCGCUGACGCGACGAGGAUAUUUAAAUGUCGAAUCUAAAUAACAUUCUCGCACAGCUUAUCGCACAUCGCCAGCCGAUAUUGAAUCGUCUUAAAACGGUAACCGCUGGCAAGAUUUGUUGCACGUUAGAGACAGACUCGGCUCGUACCACAUUGGACGAUCAUGUAAACGAAUGUUUCUCGCGCUCUGCACCCGCCGUACUUCUCGCAAUACUAAUCGGAAUCAAGCGCGCAAAAAAAUACGUAUAAGUACCUUUUUGCAUUGCAUAUUGAGUGGAUGAACAAUUGUUGAAAAGCGGUAUAUUGUCUUGGACGCGAGCGUGCAGGCGGCGUCGAGCGAACCGGGCGUGCGCUCCGAUUGGCUGACGUCGCCGUGGUGGGGCGAGGCCGACUCGGCGACUAUAAGAGCGGCCGCUCCGGCGUUCUCGGCAUCAUUCGGUCUGUUCUCGUGCCAGCCGAUUGUCGCCUCUAUCUCUUAGAAGUUCAAGAUGACUGGUCGCGGUAAGGGAGGAAAGGGAUUGGGAAAAGGAGGAGCGAAGCGUCACAGGAAGGUUCUUCGCGAUAACAUCCAGGGUAUCACCAAGCCGGCAAUCCGUCGUCUGGCGCGGCGUGGCGGCGUCAAGCGUAUCUCCGGCUUGAUCUACGAGGAGACUCGCGGCGUGCUCAAGGUCUUCCUCGAGAACGUGAUUCGCGAUGCCGUCACCUACACCGAGCACGCGAAAAGGAAGACCGUGACUGCCAUGGACGUUGUAUACGCCCUGAAGCGCCAAGGCAGAACUCUGUACGGCUUUGGAGGUUAAGGGAAGAGCGGUGGACUCUUCGAUCAAAUCGGCCCUUUUCAGGGCCACAAAUCCUUCAUACGUUGGAACAAUUUUGCUCGCAUUUACAAACUGCACCUUGUAUGUACUUGAUAAGUGAAUACACGCGACAAUAAAUCAUUCAUUAAUAUAGAAA